AUGAAGCUUUUUGGCAGGAAGUCGUGCGCCGUUGGAGAGGAACAAUGGCUGGAUGAUAAACAUGUGAGCCCACAGUACAGAUACACCAUUCACGACAAAGACCUGGGGAAGAUCCACAAAGCUGCCAUCCUGGGUAACGUCACGAAGGUCCAGCAUGUUCUUUUCAUUGGGAAAAACGAAUUGAAUGAUCGAGACAAAGCGAACAGGACUGCUCUACAUUUAGCCUCUGCCUUUGGUCACCUGGGAGUGAUAACUCUACUUGCAGAAAGAAAAUGCCAGAUUGACCUCCUUGAUACGGAAAAUAGGACAGCUCUGGUUAAAGCUGUGCAAUACCAGAGAGAGGAAUGUGUAAACCUUCUCCUAGAGCAUGGUGCUAAUCCGAAUCUUAAGGAUGUCAAUGGCAAUACAGCUCUCCAUUAUGCUGUCUGUGGUGAAAAUCUGUCAAUUGUGCAAAGUUUGAUGAAUUGCAAUGCAUAUAUCGAAGCAAAGAACCAGGAUGAUUUAACACCACUUUUAUUUGCAAUAAGUGAAAAUCAACCACAAAUGGUGGAAUAUUUAAUACAGAGGAAAGCAAAUGUAAAUGCAGUUGAUAAGGGGAAAAGAACAGCUCUCAUGCUUGCUGUAAAUUAUGACCCAGCCAUAGUCAAACUGCUGCUUCAGCAACAUGUUGAUGUUCUUUGUAAAGAUAGCCUUGGAUGGACUGCAGAAGACUAUGCAAUUGUAGGGCAUAAACAAAUCAAUGGCAAACAAAUUGCUGAUUACAGAAAAGAAAUGAAUAUUGAAGGUCCUUCUGAAAGUGACUGUUCUGAUGAAAAAUUAGAAGAUAUUGCUUCAGUAGCCAGCUUUUGUGGUAAAUCUGGUCAUGAUUCAUGGCCUAACUCAGACUUGAAUUACAUUGUCAAGCUCAAGCACCACAACAAGAUAAAGAACCAUCUCAGGAAGAAAAGGCCAAAAUGGAUGUCAGAAGAGACUCUGAAAAUUGCACUGGAGCGCAAAGAAGCCAAAGGCGUCUCUGAUAGUAUUCCACCGAAUUAUGUUGUCUAUCCACCUGAACCUACAAAUAAACAGGCAGAGAAUAAAGUAAAUGAACAUAUAAAAGAAAUAGACUUAAACUUGGCAGCAGAUGAAGAGCAAAUAAGACUUGAUAAAAGUGAAUGUGGACAGUCAGAGGAAGAAGCAGCAACAUCAGCAAUUGGAAAGAAAGAAAGCGUUGAUAAUUUGGGAAAUGCUCUAAGACAGCAAGGAAAUAAUGAAAACCUGACCAAUAUUAAUAAAGAACACACAAACACAAACACAGAACUAGACUUAAACCUGGCAACAGAUGAAGAGCAAAAAAUACUUGAUAAAAGUGACAGCGGCCAGUUAGAGGUUGCAAAAGAAAACAGCAAAAGUAGUGAAGUGAAAGUGUCAGAAAACAUACAUGAUCUUUCUGUAAAUAAUGAAGAUUAUGGAUUAAAGCAGGAAAGGGAAGCAAAGAGCAUUUAUAUUGAAAAUAAACUCUUUCCAGUUAAGAAUGAUGAAGAAUCUGACAGAGUCAAGAAAGGGGUGGUCGGAGUGGUGGUGGAGGAUGUGGGAAAGGAGGUAGUGGAGGAGGUGGAAGAGGUUACUGGGGUGGUGGAGGACAUUGAGGAGAUAGUGGUGGAGGAGGAGGAGGAGGCAAAGGCAGAGGAGGGGGUUUUAAAGGCAGAGAAGAUUAUGGAAGGAGGAACAACAUCAGCAACUAUAAACGGAGGAAAUGGAAUGGACAGUUUGGCAAAUGCUGCAAGAGAGCAAGGAAAUAAUGAAAAUUUAACUAAUGUUGGGGAAGCACACAAAAUUACAAACAAUAUAUUAUCAACAGGAUUAGGAGAAAAAGAUGAUUCAUCGUGGAAAUUUGAGAUUGUCUCUGAUAGUGUUCCACCAAAUUAUGUUGUCUGUUCACCCGAACCUACAAAUAGAAAAGCAAAAAUUAAAUUAAAUGAACACAUGAAAGAUUUAUCAGCAGAAAUAGACUUAAACAUAGCAGCAGAUGAAGAGACAAAAGGACUUGAUAAAAACAAGAAUGACCAGUCAGAGGUUGGAAAAGAAAAUAAAAUCAGAAGUAGUGAAUUGAAAGUAUCAGAACACAUUAAUGAUCCUGCUGCGAGUAACGAUAAUUAUGGAUUAAAUCAACAAGGAAAGAGUAUAAAUAAUGAUAAACAACAAUGUCCAGCUAAGAAGAAUGAAGGAUCUGAUAGAAAUACUCCUAUGUUGAAUACAAAGGAGAAAAAGAAACAUAAAAGUAAAAAAUGGACCUCAAGAGAAUCUACAGCUACACAGGUGUUGGAGCAGGCUAUCUCAGAAAUUGAUGUUCUUCUACAAGUGAAUGAUGACCGCAAUUUGAAUGAAAUAGACUGGGCUAAAGCAAGGUGUGUGAAGAAAGAAUUGAAUGAAAAGAGCAAGUUGGAAGAAGCACAAAAUGCUUACACCGAGGCUGAACAGCGUGCCGAGAAGAUGCAAGAACAUUUAAAAAGGCUUGAAGUUGAAAAUGAACAGUUAAAAGCUGCUCUCAGAAUGCAAAUGAGCAAAGCUGAACACCUCCAGAAAAACCUGUUAGGAUCAGGUUUGUUGGAAGAAGCACAGAAUGCUUAUACUGAGGCAGUUCAACACACUCAGAUGACAAAAGAACACUUACAAAGGCUUGAAAUUGAAAAUGAGCAGUUAAAAAUUACUCUCAAAAUGCAAAUGGGCAACGCUGAACACCUCCAGCAAAACUUGGUAGAAACAAUUUCGAUGGAUGAUCAUAAAGGAAAUCUAAGAGAGUGGUCUUCAAUAUAUCUACACCUGGCUGCAAAAUACCAGGCUCUUCAGCAGGAGUUAUUAGUUAUGAAAACAGUGAAAAAGAAAUGUGAGUCACUAGAGAAGAAUAAAAAGAAAUUGGAACAAGAAAUAGUCAACCUCCGCAGUCAACUAGAAGGAAAUAGGACAGAUUACGGUCAAGUAGAACAAUAUAAAAGGGAGAUUGAAGCAAGAGUAAGGCAGGAAAUAGAAGAAAAACUGAAAGAAGUAAAUUUCUUUUUACAGACUCAGGCAAUUUCUCAAGAAUACAUUGAGAAGUUAAGAGGGACAAAUAAUGCUUCAGGGAGAACUCAGAUGCAACUCAGAAUUAAAGAGCUAGAAUCUGAACUUUGUAAAGUAAAAACUGAUCAAGAAGAUUUUACUAGAGCAGAAAUGAAAAAAUAUAAGCAACUUUAUCAAGAUGAAUUAAAUGUUCAGAAAGCAAUGUCAAAUAAACUAAACAACACUAAUGAGAAGCUAGGAGAGAUGAAUAGCAAACUUCUAAGGGAGAAGCCACAUGACAGAUGGUUACUCAGCACGCUCUCCACCCGGCCAAUCCCGGAGUCGCCUUGCGCUGCAAGUAUGAGUACUAGUUCACUACUUGAUAGCAAUCUUACUUCAGAAGAAUAUGAAUGGAUUACUCCCAAAGAACACAUAAGGAUUCCAAGCUGUUCAAAAGGUGGACCUUCAAAUGACAACAUGAAUUCCUACUUGUCUGAGAUGUGGCAGGAGCUAGGUAAGGAUAUAACUGGAGACCUACAGAAGGAUGAUCCUGAACUUGAAUCAUUAUACUAUACAACUUCUACUCCUGGAUAUUUAGAGGAGUCAACUCAAGAGUUACUUACACAAGCAUCAGAAGAAUCCCUGUAG